GUAUAAUAUCCAUCACAUGAUUUCCAAACCGAACCUGCUUCAUUUCUUCCAUUUCUACCACAAGACAUGGCUUCUGCUUCCUCCACUGCACUAUCACUCUCUUCCUCCUCUACCUUCGUUGAUGCCAAGGCUUUAGCUCGUCAAAAACCUCUUGCUUCAUCCCCACAAUGUAUCACUCUUCCUCCUCUCACCUUUCAGUCCCAGAUUCGUCUCUCCGAGAACACUGCUUACUUUCGAAAGAUGGCACGGAAUGUGGUGGUGGCUAUGGCCACAAGCACUGAGGCUUCAACGGAAGUGGCAGCAACAGCAACCGAGACUCCAACGGAACUGGUAACAACAACAACAACCGAGACAACGGAGAUUACCAAGAUAGUUCAAGAAGCCUGGGAUAAAGUCGAGGACAAGUAUGCUGUGAGUACACUUGUUUUUGUCGUUAUAGUUUCCCUAUGGGGCUCUACUGGAAUAGUCUCGGCAAUUGACAGGCUUCCUUUGAUUCCUGUCAUUCUGGAGCUCGUUGGUAUUGGUUACACCACGUGGUUUGUAUACAAGAACCUUAUUUUCAAACCAGACAGGGAUGCUCUGUUUCAGAAAAUAAGCGACGCAUACAAAGAAAUAACAGGGAGCAGCUGAGAAUGAUGCUGAGAUGAGGUGUUGCAGGGCAUCAACUUGUGGGAGCUUAGUUUGCUUCCUUUUGUUAGCACAAAUUUUCUGACCAGAAUAAGACAAUGUGUUUUGGUAUUUUGUGAUGAGCAAAUUGAAAUGCAUGUAUAUUU